UCCUGUCCAAUGGCAGCGGUCAACAUCUGGAAGCGUUUACUCACUCUGCUGCUUACUUUGAAAAGUAUCCCGGAGUACAACUGCAACUUGAAAAUGUCUUUCGUAAAAGUUGACGGAAAUUCAGAUUUUUCCUACCAUAAUUUACCGUACGGAGUGUUUUCCACACCGGAUAAUCCCAGACAUCGAAUUGGUGUUGCUAUUGGAGAUCAGGUAUUGGACCUGAGUGUGAUUAAGUCAUUCUUCAAUGGACCCUGCCUGUCCGCACGCCAGGAUGUGUUCGAUCAGCCGACCCUGAACGCGUUUAUGGGUGUCGGUCAUGAGGCCUGGCGAGAAGCCCGCAGAACCGUGCAAACGCUGCUGUCUGCUAACGAGACCACGCUGAGAGAUGACGCCAACCUCCGGAGCAGAGCAUUUGUGCCUCUGAGUUCAGUCAAGAUGCAUCUUCCUGCUGAGAUAGGUGACUACACGGAUUUCUACUCCUCCAAAGACCAUGCCACUAAUGUGGGCAUCAUGUUCCGAGGGAAGGAGAACGCCUUGAUGCCCAACUGGUUGAGGCUGCCAGUGGGCUACCACGGCAGAGCGUCCUCAGUGGUGGUGUCUGGGACACCCAUACGCAGACCGUCGGGCCAGAUGAGACCAGACCCAUCCAACCCUCCUGUAUUUGGACAGUCCAAGCAGCUGGACAUUGAGCUUGAGAUGGCCUUCUUCGUAGGGGGAGGUAACCGUCUGGGAGAGCCCAUCCCCAUAGACAAGGUCCACCAACACAUCUUUGGCAUGGUGCUAAUGAACGACUGGAGUGCCAGAGAUAUCCAGGCAUGGGAGUAUGUCCCUCUUGGGCCUUUCCUGGGGAAGAACUUUGGGACCACCAUCUCCCCCUGGGUGGUCCCCAUGGAAGCCCUGAUGCCCUUCGCUGAGCCCAACGCUCUGCAGGACCCCGAGCCCCUCCCCUACCUACGCCAUGACGACGCCUACACCUUCAACAUUAACUUGUUUGUGUCAGUGAAAGGAGAGGGCAUGAGGGAGGCAGCCACCAUAUGCAAGUCCAACUUCAGGUAUAUGUACUGGACUAUGAAGCAACAGCUGGCCCACCACACAGUCAACGGCUGCAAUGUCAGACCAGGAGACCUGCUGGCCUCCGGAACUAUCAGUGGACCUGACCCGGAGAGUUUUGGCUCCCUGCUGGAGCUGUCCUGGAGGGGCUCCAAGAGCAUCGACCUGGGAGGAGGGGAGACCAGGACGUUCCUCAGGGAUGGGGACCAGGUGACCAUCACAGGUUACUGUGAAGGUAAUGGGUACAGGGUAGGUUUUGGGCCCUGUGUGGGCUCCAUACUCCCAGCCCUGCAGCCUUGAGGGGUUCACUUCAGAUCUGCCUUCCCUGGGAGCCUGGAGACGACUUCAACCACUGCUCUCGGUCACUCUCCAGGAUGAUGUCUGAGUUUUGUCAUUGAUUGUUACUGACUUGCUGUUGACUGGAGAAGGAUUGUAGCUUUGUCAUUCCAGCAUUGUGUUACCAGAAACAGUAUUAUGUUCCCUACUGGUUUAUGUGUUUGGGAGCUUAAAUAUAAGAAGUGAAAGAAAGCC